AUGGAUCGAUUGGAGACGGAGCGGGCAGCCGAACAAGCUGUGGAGCGAUUUGACGAUGACAGUAAGGACGUGACAAUACCAGAGACAAUACCAGUCGAUAGCGGUGGUGUGACAUCACUAGUAAUUGAUAAAAAUGAGGAUGAAAAAGCUGGUGGUGACAUUAAGAAUGUCCAUAUGCAAGCCACCACCAAGAAGGAGGAUGAUAAAAACAUUUCUGCUGGAGGCCCAGAAACAAGGAUACAGACUAAAGACAUGCUACUUGGCGAGGAUGUAUUGGCCUCGAGAGUAGCAAUUGUAGACGAAGAGCUCGGAGAGAUUCGGUUGCUAAAUAAUGAUCGAUGA